CACACCUGGACUUGCCUGUGCGCAACAGAGAGUCUUCGCGCGAUCCACACAAAGACAGACGCCCCCAACAGCCAAAGCCCUUGGAAGCCCACAUACAGCUAACAGCUUAGCUAUCUGAGCUCAAUUACCAUAUCUUUCAUACGAUUAGCUAAAGCCUAUUGUACACCGUCGAUGGCCCUGGCCACCGCUCCUUCUCUACUGAACUGAUGAAACACUUUAAGACCCCAGGACCUAGUUUCCGGCGCUUAAACACUAUUGAUAGUGAUAGCCCGGAGGCCCCGCCCCAGUCGUCGCGAGGAACUUAUGCCCGGACCUGCGCGAAGCCCCCACGCCCGCUUGUUCUAGAGCCAGAGCCAUCAACUGUUAUCAAGAAGCGUGUCUCACUUAGCAGCAUGGACGCCUUUAAGGUGUUUGUACGCGUUAAGCCUGUCAUGACGGAGGAUUUAAAAUCUGGGUUGCAUCGGGAGGCCGUGACCGUGGGCGAGAGGGACGGCAAGGUCGGCCUGUCCAUCCUCAGUGGCAAGGAGAAGGAGAAGGAGAAGGACUGGUGGUUCAGCAGCUUCGAUGGGCUCCUGACCGAGGCUACCAACCAGCAGGUCUUUGAUGCCAUGGCUAAGGAUCUGAUGCCGGCCCUCAUGGGCGGUAUCAAUGCCACCAUCAUGGCGUACGGCCAGACUGGCAGCGGCAAGACCUACACCAUCUUUGGGUCCAACGAGUCGGACCAGCAGCAGGUACACGGCCUGCUGCACCUGGCGCUGUACCACAUCAACGAGAAGCUCUUCAUCGGCACGCCAAACGCGCAGCUCUGCAUGUCGGUGUUCGAGGUGUACAACGAGGAACUGUUCAGCCUGCUGGACGCGGCGGGGCCCGCGCGCAAGAAGCUGGAGCGCGGCAUGCCUGACUUCUACGUCCACAAGUCCCACGCGGUGGCCAGCGUGGACGAGGCUGUACAGCUGGUGAUGGCGGCGCUGCAGCUGCGCGCGCAGGACAGCACCGUGCGCAACCAGACCAGCAGCCGCAGCCACGCGUUCGUGCGGCUGCAGGUGGUGCAGCCAUUCGCCGGCGCCGACGGCCGCGGCCUGUCCGGAACCCUGUACCUGGUGGACCUGGCGGGGAGCGAGAGCAUCUCGCACGCCAGCAGCAAUGAGCAGCAGCGCGAGACUGUGCACAUCAACAGGUCGCUUUCGGCGCUGGGCCGCGUGGUGUGCAACAUGUCGGCGCAGGCGCCGCACAUUCCAUACCGGGACUCACUGCUCACCAAGGUGCUGCAGGAGGGCCUGGACCCCAACAAUGCGCGGGUGGCGCUCAUCACCACCGUGAGCAGCUUCCAGGCGGACGUGGCUGUGACCAAGGACACGCUCAUGUUCGCCCAGCGCGCCCGCAACGUGCGCACCUACGCGCAAUCCAACCCCGCGCCGAAGCGCCUGGCGCCGCCGUGCCCUGAGGACCUGCAGCGCCAGCUGCAGGAGCUGCAGGCCAUCAAUAACGCGCUGAAGCAGCGGCUGGCCGACCUGGAGGGCAACCAGGAGCUGAUGACCUACAAGCGCCAGCUGGACCUUAUGAAGCAGGACCAGGCGCGCCUGGCGGAGGUGGUGAACGAGCUGCAGCAGGUGGCCGACCGCAGUGUGCGGCAGCAGCGCGAGGCCGAAUCGGCGCUGGACCAGGAGCGCGCGGCGCACGCCGCCACCCGCGAGCGGGUCGCCGAGCUCAAGAGCAGCAAUGACGAGCUGCAGCGUGCCGUGGCAGCCGCGGAGGCAGAGGCCAAAGCGGCGGCGGCGCGGGUGGCGGAGGUGCGGUCGCAGGCCACCACUGCGGCCGUGGCAGAGGCGGCGCUGAAGGGAGAGCUGGCUGGCGCGAAGGCGCUGGCGGAGCAGCUGCAGGCGCAGCAUGCGGCCGCGCAGGAGCAGGCGGUGCAGGCCCGUGAACAGCUGACGACGCUAAAGGGACAACUGGCGGUGGCCCAGGCCGGUGCCGGCGAGCGGCUGCAGCAAGUGCAGGAUCUGGAGACGCAGCUGGCGGCGGCGCGUGCGGAGGCCGCCGCCGCCCGGCUUGCUGCGGGUGAGGCCUCUGGCCUGGAGGUUCGACUUGCGGAGUUAGAAAAGCGCCUGGUGCAUGCAGAUGAGGCAGGGACGGCGAAGGUGCAGCAGCUGAGCGCGGCCGAGGGGCGGGAAGCAGAGCUGCGUGGGCAGCUGGCAAUGGCGCAGGCACGUGUGGCAGAGCUGGAGGCAAAGCUGGAGGAGGCGCAGGUGCGAUCAGCAGAGCUGUGGCAGCAAUUGGUGGGCAGUGGCGCCGAGCUGGACACAGCGCAAUCGGCGCUGGAAGGCAAAAUGGCGCAGCUGGCGGCGCUGCAGGCUAGCCUAGCUCGGGCAGAGGCGCAGGCAGCACGGCAGGAGGAGCGGGUGCGAGCGCUGGAGGCUGAGGCGGCGGCGCAGCAGGAGCAGGCGGGCGGUGAAAUGGAGCGGCUGUCGGACCGCCUGGUGGCGGCCGAGGCUGCUGCCGCCGGCCUGCAGAAGCAGCUGCAGGCUGCUGUUGCCGAGGCCGAGCACCAAAAGGAGGAAAGCAACAAGCUGCAGCAAGAGCUGCAGGCGGCAGUCGCAGAGUCAGAGCGCCAGAGGGAGGAGAGCAGACAACUGCAGCAGGAGCUGGCGGCACGGCUGGAGUCAGUCGAGAAGGCCCGCGACGCCGCCGCGGCACAACUCUGCCAGGUGCAGGAGCAGGUGGCGGUGCUGCGGCAAGAUCACGCUGGGGCCACGGAGGCGCAGGUGGCUGCCGCAGCACAGGCUGAGGGCCUGCGGCAGGAGGUGGCGGAGGCACAGGCGGCGGCCAGCCGCCAGGCGGCUUCGCAUCUGGCGGCGCUGGCGGAGGCGCGUGAGGCCAGUGAGGCGGCUGCGGCGCGCAAGCUGGAGCCGCUGCAGGCGAACUGCGAGCGGCUGCAGGCGCAGUACUCCCUAGCAGAGGAGCAGCUGGCGCGGCUGCAGGAGGAGCGCGACCGGCUGCGACAGGCCGAGAGCGAUGCGCGUGAGAGCGCGGUGCGCGCCACCGCCGAGGCGGAGAAGCUACGUGAGGCGCUGGCGCGUGUGGAGCGCGAGUCCGCGGAGCGGGUGGCACGGCUGGAGGCGCAGAUUGAGCGGGACGUGGCCCCGCGCCGUGAUGCCAGCAAGGCGAUGCAGGACCGGCUGAAGCAGCUGGAGGCGGACAACAAGCGAAUGGAGAGCACACACAAGGGCCAGCUGGAGCUCAAGGACAAGCUGAUCCACCAGCUGGAGCAGAUGUGCAACCAGCUGCAGGCGCAGCUGGCGGCAGGCGGCGGCCGCACCGACACCGCGACCUCGGGCAUGCCCGACCAGAUGGGCGGCGCCGCGGGCAGCCCCUACGCCGGACCCGCCCGCUCUGACGUGACCUGCCCCAGCCCCGGCAUGGACGACGGCACUGGCACGCCCGUGUCGUCUGCCUACAUCGGCGCCGGCGCAGCUGGCAGCGCUUCCGGCAGGACCCCCGCCGCCAGCGGCAUCCUGCUGCUCAACCGCACCACCACCGCGUCAGCAGCGGCCCUGGCGCGCAACACGAAGGCGCGCCAGGACUUCACCUCACCGCAGCCGCCUCUGCGCGCUGCGGGCGGCCUCGGCGGUGCCCGUGUGCCUGCGGGAUCGGAGGCCGUCAACCUGAUCACGCCAACGCACCCGGCGUACCCGGCGCAGAGUGGGCCCAUUGACCUGAUCACGCCGGAGGGCACCCCCACGCCCGCCGACAAGGGGCAGCGCCCAGGACCGGCAGAGGCAAUCGCGGAGAGCGGCUAUGAGGAGGCGGAGGAGUCGCCGGGGCUGUUUGCGCUGGUGCGGGAGGCGGAGAAGCAGAAGGUGCACGGCCUGAAGACCUCGACUGCGGCCGUGCGCAACAAGAUGCGGUGAGCUCGUGACCUGCCGGCAUGUGCCGGCACCGUGACCCCGGAGCCGCUAUCGGUGCCGCUGGUCGCUGGUGUCUUCGCAGUGCGUGACAACGCGGCUGCUGCACUAGUGAGUCAGGUAAAGGGGAGUUGACCCGUCGAGAGACGUUGUGACCCACCGCGUUGCAUGUUGUGGAGGACCUGCGGAAGGUAUGUACAGCUAUCACUGGAUAACGGUUUGGCUGUGGCAGUACGUACGCUUGAACUCAAAAGUUCUAUCGCCUUGGACAUGGGGCUUUGUGAUAUGCUGAAGAUACAGACCGGUAACUACUUGUAACAUGACAAGCCA